AAUAAAUGGCGGCUGAAGCUGAUGUUUCUCCGACACUAAACCGUUAAUAUAUAUGAGCAACUGCAGACACAACCACAAAGCAAAGCAAGCGAGCAAGCCACCCUUCAAAUUCGAAGGUUGUCAAAUGCGCUCUGCGUGUCAUAGAAAGCAGAGGAACGCUUUCUUUGCUCGGUUGGUAUAGUUCCCUCCUUAAAACUUACGGAGAGAGAUGGAGAUGGAGAUGAAGCAAUCCAAGUUCAAGAGGAUCUGUGUGUUCUGUGGGAGCAGCCAAGGCAGGAAGAGCAGCUACAAGGACGCCGCCAUCGAGCUCGGCAAGGAACUGGUCGCGAGAAACAUUGAUUUGGUGUACGGUGGGGGGAGCAUUGGACUGAUGGGUCUGAUCUCUCAGGCUGUCUAUGAUGGCGGUCGACACGUUAUUGGAGUCAUCCCGAAGACACUCAUGCCGCGAGAGAUAACGGGAGAGACAGUAGGGGAAGUGAAGCCAGUGGCGGACAUGCACCAAAGGAAGGCCGAGAUGGCUAGACAGUCCGACGCCUUUAUUGCCUUACCUGGCGGGUACGGGACACUGGAGGAGCUUCUUGAAGUGAUCACUUGGGCCCAGCUAGGGAUCCAUGAUAAGCCGGUGGGACUGCUGAAUGUGGAUGGUUAUUACAACUCUCUCCUCUCAUUCAUCGACAAAGCUGUGGAGGAAGGCUUCAUCAGCCCCAGUGCUCGCCAUAUCAUUGUCUCUGCUCCUACUGCUAUGGAGCUUGUCAAGAAGAUGGAGGAGUACUUCCCGCGCCAUGAAAGAGUGGCCUCGAAGCUCAGCUGGGAGAUGGAGCAGUUGGGAUACUCGCCGAAAUGCAGCAUCUCAAGAUGAAGAUGAAGAUGAUAUCAUGCAUAAAAGUAAAACAGAACAUUGAAGUAGGAAGGAGGAUGAAAUGGCAGUCUAGUAAUUCAUCACUCGCAAGGCAUUUGUAGCUUAACAAAUGUUUACUGAUCAAUUAAUUGAUUCCGCCCGUUCUUCCCUUCA